AUGGCGGAAGGAAAAGGAGGUCGGACUGACAGUUCUCCGAAGGACAAACCGGCACGACGAAAGCUUUUUACCUUCAUUCAUCUCCUUCUGUUCUCUAAUCCAACAUGGUUGGAUCUCUGUCUCGUCAUUGGUGGCGUAAUCUUCGCUAUAGCCGCUGGUACUCCUUAUCCGCUCAUAGCCAUCCUUUUCGGUGAACUUGUCAAUAAUCUCAACGGAUUGACGUGCGAUGUUCGAUCCAAUAUCGACACGACCCAGUAUAGGGGCACUAUUGAUGGUAUUCUUGUAAAACUUGUUGCUCUUGCUGCCGCACAGUUCGUUCUCGUGUAUUUACACACAGUCUGCUGGAAUGUGCAGUCCCAACGAUUGAUGCAUAGAUUGAGGGAUCGCUACCUUCAGCACAUCUUGCGCCAGGAAGUUAGCUUCUUCGACGAUAAACACGCCGGCGAAAUAAGUGCCCGACUAGAUGAUGAGUUCACAGCUAUCCAAACCGGCACGAGCGAGAAAGUUGGCAGAUUCAUCGGCCAAUCAAGCUUCUUCGUGACGGCAUUUAUUGUCGCUUUCAUUAAACAACCAAUCUUAGCGGCGAUACUUUUCUCACUUACCCCGGCGUUCCUAGCCUUAACCUUCGCCGGCAGUUACUUCUUCAAGAAAUUUGCUGCGAAAUCCGCCACAUCAUUCGCCGCAGGAGGGUCUAUAGCAUCAGAGGCACUCUCUCGCAUUGCCAUCGUUCGAGCUUUCGAUGCAGGGCCAAGGCUCGAGGCCAAGUUCUCGAAACAUAUGGCACUCGCACACAAAUUCGCAAAGAAAAAAAGUGUCGUUGCUGGUAUACAAGCUGGGUUGCUAUAUUUUAUUGCGUACAGCUCCAACGCUCUAGCUUACUGGCAGGGAAGUCGUAUGAUCGCAGAUGCUGUUAGUGGCAAGGGAGACGCGACAUUUGGCCAAGUGUAUACUGUUGUCUUCUUACUCGUCGAUGCCUGUAUAAUUCUUGGUGGACUCGCGCCCCUUUUUCCAAUUUUUGGAGCUGCUUCAUCAGCUUACGAGAGGAUCAGGGCUGAUAUGGACCAACAUUCGCCUAUUGACGUCAAUUCUGGAGAGGAGCUCCCAUCGGGUGCUGUUGGCUGCAUCGAAAUCCACGGUGUAUCUUUUACGUAUCCGUCCAGGCCUGAAAGCUUAGCACUGAACAAUGUAGACUUGACCUUUGCAGCAGGGAAACAUACCGCUAUCGUCGGUCAAUCUGGCAGUGGAAAGUCUACGAUUGCAGCUUUGAUAAAUCGUCUCUAUAAGCCCACCAAAGGUACUGUUGCAUUUGAUGGUGUGGAUAUACAGCUGUUAAGCCCCAGAAACUUGAGAGGAUACGUCAGUUUAGUCCAACAGGAGUCCGAGCUCUUUAGGCGCUCCAUUUUCGAGAAUAUUGCUCUUGGCCUUGCGAACUCCUCUCGACCCGAACACGAGAACCUUAGAUCUAUAAUCGUGGGAGAUGAAUUGGAAAGCUUUGUUAAUACCUGUUCAGGUGAUAUUUUAAAGGAAGCAGCCAGCAAAGGGGGGCCCAUCGCGGAAAUUGCCGACCUGGUCCAGAAGGCUGCUAAUUUAGCUGAUCUGACUUUCAUCGACGCUCUCGAUCAAGGGUUUGGUACGAAGAUUGGCAUGGGGCUCGUAAGCGGCGGUCAAGCUCAAAGGAUUGCUCUGGCCAGAUCAUUGAUCCGGGACCCGAAGGUCCUAGUUCUUGAUGAGGCCACAGCGUCGUUAGAUUCGACCACAGAAAAGAGAAUCCAGGCAAGUAUCGACCGGAUAGCCGCCGGCAGGACUAUUAUCUCGAUAGCACAUCGACUCUCAACAAUCUCCCACGUCGACCAUGUUAUCGUCAUGCAAGGAGGUGAAGUAAUUGAACAAGGCACAUACCAAGAGCUUCAAGAGCGGGGCGGUGCUUUCGCAAAUCUACUCGCCUUACAGGGCCUAGACAAUCCGACAGGGAAGGGCUCGGAGCUAUCGUCUCUAAAUAAUACGGAUGCGGAAUCUUUAGACGAUGCAGUGCUUAAAGAAUUACAACUUGAGAAAAGCAGACUGGUAGAAGAGAAUGUCCAAGCCACUCCGAGCAAGGUUGUUCCGGCUGGAAUUGGAGAGUCUCUCUCCUCUAGUGAUAUCCUGACUGGCAUGAAGUGGCUAAUUAGGCCUGACUAUGGAUGGUUUGCUAUUGCUGUGCCUUGCGCAAUGGUCGUCGGCUGCACGUUCUCGGCAAUGGCUCUGAUAUUUGGCCACACUGUCAGUGCUCUUAGUGCCUGUGACGCCACAGCAUCGAGUAUUCUGUACUUGGGUUACUUCUUCAGCGGCCUCGUCUUUAUGCUUGCUGUCGUUGAAUUCCUUGCUAAUGUGGGUAGUUGGUCUAUUUUUGGCAGAAUAUCGGAGAACCUGGUUUAUCGAGUUCGUAUUCUGAGCUUCAGGACAUUGUUAAAUCAGAGUGUCGAAUGGCAUAACUCCGAGAAUCGAACCCCAACCUCUCUUCUCACCAUUAUAACAAAGGAUGGCGCCUCGAUAGCAGCGUUCAGCGGAAGCAUCAUUGCUACAGCGCUCUCCAUUAUAAUCAACUUCUUCAUUGCUAUAAUAAUUAGCCAUGCUUUCGCGUGGAAAAUCGCCCUCGUCUGUUUGGCUAUGGUGCCUAUUUUACUCGGAGCUGGAAUUCUUCAAAUCCGAGUCACUUCUCGACAUCAAGAAAGAAGUCACAAGGCAUUCGUCGAGGCGAUAGGUAUAACAGUGGAAGCUGUCAAUCAGAUUAAAACCGUCGCGAGUUUCUCGUUAGAGGAUGAAAUAAUCAACAGGUACCGAAGAGCGUUGAAAAAACCUAAAGCGAGCAUGAUUGGGGAGGCAUUACAUGCCUCUCUCUACCUCUCGAUCGCCAAUAGCACAGGCCUAUUUAUUUACUCACUAUCUUACUGGUGGGGUUCACAACUUAUCAUGCGCGGCGAAUACACUCAGACGCAAUUUUAUAUCGUGCAAGUCUCGAUGCUGGUUAGUGCGACAUUAUGGGGUCAGAUGUUUUCUCUCGCACCUGAAUUUUCGCGAGCCAAGAGUGCGGCAUCGAGAACACUGGGACUUAUUAAUCUAGGAAGCGAUAGAAGACUUGCUAAGCCUUCAGAAAUCCUUGGUUUAACAGACGGCCACAAUUCCGCAGAUGGGAAUAGUGGCCGUGACAUAGAAGCGGAAGCAGAAAGCAAGUCCCCGAAAAUAAACUCGGAAACAUCCAAAGGCGCGAGUGUCACAUUCAGAAAUGUUGCUUUUGCCUACCCAUCUCGACCAGAUCAACCAAGUCUUGGGGGGGUUUCCUUUACGGUCCAACCGGGCCAAUUUCUUGGCAUCGUAGGACCUUCAGGGGCUGGAAAAUCAACUAUCAUGAGCCUCAUCCAGGGGAUGUAUUCCCCAUCAGCAGGGUCUGUGGAGAUAAAUGGAAUGGAUAUUUCCCUUCGCGAUAACGCCGAUUUUCGCGAGAAUAUUGCAGUCGUGCCACAAGAUAGUGCAUUGUUUAAUGGUAGCAUCAAGUUCAACGUCGGCCUCGGCGCUCGUCCAAGCCAUGAGGCUAGCGAUGUCGAAAUUGAGGACGCUUGCCGUAUAGCAAACAUCCACGAUACCAUUAUAGGACUUCCGCAGGGUUACGACACAGAAUGUGGACCGAAUGGUUCGCGUCUUUCGGGGGGUCAACGUCAGAGGGUCGCAGUUGCACGUGCCCUGGUUCGACAUCCGAGUCUUCUACUGCUUGAUGAACCGUCAAGCGCUUUGGAUGCUGAGAGUGAACGAGCCGUUAGAUUAGGGAUCGAAAAUUUUGCUGCGCGGGGAAGUACAGUGAUUGCUAUAACUCAUAGACUUCAUACCAUUCAGAAGGCCGACGUCAUUUUAGUGGUGGAAGGAGGAAAAAUUGUAGACAAGGGCAGCCAUAGUGAGUUGAUGGAGCGAAGCGAGAGUUAUCGACUGAAUGCUUCACAGCAGAUUUAG